CGCCCUCUUUCUCUCCCCUCUCCUUCCUUUUGUUUCCCCUCCUGCACUCUGCGCCACGCCCCUUGGCACCCCCGCCAGUCCCUGGGCUGUUGCCCUAAACGGGUGCAGACAAAUCUGGACAGUCCAGUGGCUAUGCCCGCCUCGCUGCCCCCCCCCUCCAUACUUGCCCGUCGUCUCUGUGCCUGCCCCCAGGGGAGGGCUGGUGGGUGGGCGCUAUUGUUUUUGCCUUCGCUGCGCCGCCGAGCUAAGAGCGAGAGCAUCUAGGGUGGGGAAUCUGUCAGAGAGCGGACUGAGCAGCUUUGCCACCAGAUCCCAUCUGCUGCCCCCAACCCAGGUAGGGCAGGGGGCACAGCGCUGCUGGGCAUCCAUCCAAUUGGAGGAGCGACCACUUUCCUUCCCCCCAGUUCCUGGACGAUUCUUUUUCCCCCAUGUAUGACGACUCCUAUCUCCAUGGAUUCGAAGACUCUGAGGCGGGCUCCGCGGACUCCUACACCAGCCGGCCAUCGUUGGACUCCGACGUGUCGCUAGAGGAGGAUCGCGAGGGUGGGAAGCGCGAAGUGGAGAACCAGGCCCAGCAACAGCUUGAGAAAGCCAAGCACAAACCAGUCGCAUUUGCUGUUCGUACCAAUGUCAGCUACUGCGGUGCUCUGGAUGAGGAAUGUCCUGUGCAGGGAUCUGCCAUCAACUUUGAAGCCAAAGACUUCUUGCACAUCAAAGAGAAAUACAGCAAUGACUGGUGGAUCGGGAGGCUAGUGAAGGAGGGGGGAGACAUCGCCUUCAUCCCCAGCCCACAGCGGCUGGAGGCUAUACGUCUGAAGCAGGAGCAGAAAGCCAGGCAAUCUGGCAAUCCUGCCAUCAGCAACCGGCGAUCGCCUCCCCCAUCACUAGCCAAACAGAAGCAAAAGCAGGCAGAGCACAUCCCCCCGUACGAUGUUGUGCCCUCCAUGCGGCCGGUGGUGCUGGUGGGACCCUCACUGAAAGGAUAUGAGGUGACAGACAUGAUGCAGAAAGCUCUCUUCGACUUCCUCAAGCACAGAUUUGAUGGCAGGAUCUCCAUUACACGUGUCACUGCUGACCUGUCGCUGGCCAAGCGCUCAGUGCUCAACAACCCAGGCAAGCGGGCCAUCAUUGAACGCUCCACCACCCGCUCCAGCAUUGCUGAAGUUCAGAGUGAGAUCGAGCGGAUUUUUGAACUGGCCAAGUCCCUCCAGCUGGUUGUGCUGGAUGCGGACACCAUCAACCACCCAGCACAGCUGGCGAAAACCUCCCUGGCCCCCAUCGUUGUCUACGUUAAGGUCUCCUCCCCAAAGGUGCUGCAGCGGCUUAUCAAGUCCAGAGGGAAAUCGCAGGUGAAACAUCUCAAUGUGCAGAUGAUGGCAGCUGACAAGCUUGUGCAGUGUCCUCCGGAACUCUUUGACGUGAUCCUGGAUGAGAACCAGCUGGAGGAUGCCUGUGAACACCUGUCUGAGUACCUGGAGGUGUACUGGCGAGCAACGCACCACCCCUCGCACACACUCGGCAGCCAGAACCCCUUGACACCUUCGACUGCCAUUCCAGGCCUGCAGAACCAGGCCCCAGCAGGUGAGCCCGGCAACGAACGCUCCCCGGUGGAGCACGACAGCUUGAUGCAGUCAGAUGAAGCCAGUGACGCCUCCCGCAAGACUUGGACGGCGGCGUCUCAGCGGAGCUCCCGGCACCUGGAGGACGAAUAUUCAGAUGCCUACACUGACCUGUACCAGCCUCAUCGCAACCACAACAGCGGCCUCCACAGCACCAACGGCCACGACUCGCAGGACCGCCUUCUGGAACGCGGCUCUGAGCACAACCACAAUGAGAGGAACUGGCAGCGCAACCGGCCCUGGGCCAAGGACAGCUACUGAGACCUCCUCCCACCUCUGGGCCAGGCAGCUAGGGACAGAGGGCCAGGCCACUGCGGCCGUCUCCCGGACUGAGUCAAUUGGUCCAUCUUGCCUGGGAUCAAAGCCUUCCUCUCUUUCUCCUCCUAGCUGAGCCCCACAGUAUACAAGUCCUGCCCCAGUAUACAGGUGCUAUCUAUGGAACCCCAGACACAGCCACAGCUGCCUGACUCCUAAACAUGGGCUGGGUGACCUCUCUUGCCCGCCUUUGCUUGAGGGCCAUGAUAACAUCCUUGCAGGGUAUAUUCCAUCGGCGGCUUUGCAUCCCAAUUCCAUUCUCUGUGUGGUGGCGGGGAGGAGUUGGGCUUAUGCGUCUCCAGGAGAGAGGCUGUGUGAGAGAGAGAAAAAGAGGCCUACAAAUUGUGGUACUUCUCCCCCCUCCCCCAACUCCAGGAGAGCCGGGUUAGGACAAAGCGGGGGGUUGACAGCCAAGGACCCUGGGUUGUGUUUUCCUUGCAAACAUUACAAGUGGUAGAACCAAAAUGUCAGGUUCUGCCUUGCCAUAGGACCUCUGGCGUCCAUCCAUGCUUUGCUGCAGGCCAGUUCAGAAGUUACACAGUGCACUUAAAAAAAAAUUGGACACAUAGGGUAUUGUCCACAUAUCUACAUUCAUUGGAUUCAGUGUAGCAUGUGUGAUGAGACAAGAGGGUCAGCUGUAGGAACUGCGGUGACCUGCAAAUAUUUCAGACGAACAGCUGAGGCUGGCAAAGCCGCUGCAUUAUGUAGUGUGGCAUUGGUGAUCAUAUGUGCAGGUGCUUGGAUGCACUGAAGAACUGGGGGAGAUAACGGCAAGAUAGCUGCAUAUAGAAAACUGGGUCUUGCUGACGCCUAGUUUCCUAUGUGCAGAGAAUGUUUUUUCUAUGGAAGACCAUUCAGCCAUAUGAUCUCUUUCGUUGAAGUGGUACAAUCCAGGAACAGCUUGACCACCUCCUCAACAUGAACCAAGAUAGGAGGAGUGAUCCAAGAAGUGGCAAGGUACCUGCUCACCACUUGUCUGUGACAUGCCACAGACAACUCACCAUGCCCAAAGAAAUGGCUCGAGGGUGACUUUGCCUCCCUAAGCUAUUCUUCUGAAGGGGGUGUAUGUUUUUUUGAAUUGCAGAGUCCACAGCUGCUGCUAUGGCUGAUGGGAGGGAUGUGUGGCCUUCACCUCACACUACUCCUGUGAAUGCAUGGAGACAAUACCCUGUGCUUCAGGCGCUUCAGUGUAACCUCAGAACUGCUUCCAAUCUCCUUCUCUGCUCUCUGUGAUUUGGCUUCCAUGAACAACCCAUGUCCUGACUGCUGCUUAGGAAGCAGAGGGGCAGUUUCCAUUUUACAGCACAUGCUUGUAAUGAAGCCUUGAUUUAAAAAAAAAUAAUAAUAAUAAUGAAAAGCAGACUUGUGAGGUUAUGAUACUGUGUGGAGAAGCAGCAGGAGGGUGCUUAACCUUUCUCCAAGCUGGCUCUUUCCCCACUCAAAAUACACAUGCCCCCAGCUGUGCCUCCCAUCACAGAAAUCCAGUUCCACAGUGGGCGAAAGAGCAACUCGGAGAGAGCCAGUUUGAGCAGAAAACAGCAAGGAAAGGGUUAAGUACCUUCAUCUCUCUUCAGUUCAAAAUCACACCCUCCUAAAGUAUUAAAAUAAAAGGUUGGGAGGUGCAAUGUGGUUUGCUUAGACAGGAUGAAAAGCCUUGAGUGGCUAAGCCACCACCCAUGGGGAACUGUGGUCCAAGUCUCAGCCUGGGGUUGAGCCCCUUCCUCUGCUCACAGAGACUGUCUCGUUUCAGUGCACAGGCGCCCCCCCACACCCCCGGGAGCUGGUUGGACCACAGUGUUUGUAAAGCCACAGCACGAGCAGUUUUGUGUUUUAUUCUCCACCCUCCCUGGACUUCUCUAUGAAUUGCAUGAGGCCUUGAUCUUCCAUUUCGAGACCAUGGGGGGAGGGGAGAUGCUGGGUACACACCAGCUUCGCUACUUGGCUGUGAUUCCUAACCCCCAUCCUAUUUGAAUUCCGCCUUGAGGAGGGAGGAAUAGGGCUAGAGCCACCCCCAUUAGCUGCUUCCUAACUCAUGCACAAACCCUCUGCCCCAAAUGCCCAGUUGCUCUUCCUUCCCCCUGCCCCCCCCAUCCAAGGCACCUCAAACACUUCACUGGGCAAGGAAAGGCAGCCCCUGUCCUUAAAAAGCACGUACACCUAUCAGAAAUCAGCCUGUAAAUACUGCGCACUACUAUCAGGAGUUGUUUGACAGUGUCUGCCAUAUGCUCUGGCCCGCCCAGAGCCAAGGGAAACGUUUCUUCCCCUUUCUGGCUUAGGUGGUUUCAGAGGCAGGGAGCUUUGGGUUCUGUCCCCGUGGCUACUGUCAAGUUGGCCACGGCAACAGCUUUGUUACUAUUCUUUUGUAGAGAGCACUUAUUUCCCUGACAACUUGUAAGCGGUUUGAAACAAGCGUUUGCUGUUUAUAGAA